AUGCUGCUCAAAUCUUUUUCAUUGCACACCGCGCUGUUGAUUGUGCUUCCGUAUCAAGUCAUCGCUCAUGGACAGAUGACUAAGCCCGUCGCGCGACCGAUUUCGCAAAGAUAUCGAGCUGACUGUGGUGCACUCAGCGGUGCUGGAGACCAAGAACUUCAGUAUGCACCUAUCGAGCUGCUUAGUCGGAGAACACAAUCUGAUCGCCCAGCUGCAGCUACUUUUAACAUAAUGAACGGAUGUAGAGGAACUGUUUAUGAGACCAGCAACUUUGUUACCACACUUGUAGCUGGCUCUCCGUUUGAAGUCGAGUGGGUCAUUCAAGCACCGCAUCCUGGUAUUAUGGUGCUUAGCAUUGUUAAACCCUCCACUGACAGCAGUGGUAUAAUUACGUACCACUCUGUGUUAAAACUCCUCACCAUCGACCCGUUUGCCGUAAAUUCAAAUGACAAAACGAGUUCAGCAGCCACAAUCCCCAUCAGCUUCAAGGGAUGUACGUCACCGGGUGAUUGCGCAUUGCAAUUCUACUGGCACUCCGACUUGGCUAGUCAAACGUACCCAACAUGUGCCGACAUUGUAGUUGCUCGAAGCGGGCACUUAAGAGAGCAAAUAACAACUCCACUAGAAGUUACUGUCACGCCGGCAAUAGAUCCACCUGAGGUGUCGGUAGAAGGAACAAAUAAUUGCAGAUUUCGACAGCGGCAACUGUGA